CGAGUGCACAUCUAAAACACGAAGCUCUUGCAAAUUUGCUAGUUUCUGUUAGUAUAACACUCCAAAUUAUGGAUAAUUCGAAUUUUAAGAAGUAUUUAACCUACGAUAGUGAUUCUAGCUACUUUUUGUGGUCCAAAGAUGUUAAUUCCUUGAAGAAAUUAGUUUUUGAUCUUUUGGAUGAUGAAUCGAUUUUGGCAGCCGAAGUCAACGAGGACAAACACCAUAAAAUGCAGUMUUUUAAGGCAGCAGAUUGUACUGUAAAGCUAUAUCAGACUACAAGAAAAAUCCUUCUUCAAGGAUCCGGCAGUCAAGGACUCAACAGGGUUUUUUCUGACUAUCUUAAAGCAGAAGAUAAAGUUGAAUCUGACUCGACUUCUAAUGAUGGCGGUCAAGCGGAAAGAGAAGCUUCCAAAGAUGUCGAAGAUAAUUCUUCGUAUGACACAUUAAAUGGCAACWUAGAUGUUUCUAUAGAUUCGUCURCUAAUCCCUGUGAGUGCUUACAAUUCAAAACUGACCUAGAGUCAAUCGUACAAGACAUAAACAAGAUUAAAGAUGAUAUUCGUUUACUUUCAAAAAAUGGCGGGAAAGAUAAAGAAGAUGACAACAACAACAACGAGGUUCMUGAUUUGAAUUGYAAAUUACAAGAAGAAAAUUMUCGCCUUACUGAAGAAGUGGGUCAAUUAAGAGAAAGCAUAACUGGCUUAAGGAGAACAGUGCAGGAACUCGAGUGUGAAAAAUCAAGUUUAGUCACAGCGUUAAGGAUUUUACAACGUCCUGAACCUUUUCCUCAAUGUUUUCCUUUUCCGGCACAAGGUUUUGUUCCCACAGGUUUUGGUCCUGGUCCCAUGCCGUUUAAUCAAUUUCGUGACUCGAAUAUUGUCGCAGCAACAGAAGAAAAUAAUUUCAUACAGCAUGAGGAAGCAACAACGACUAUGUCCGAACUGGAUCACCAAUCCAAAAAUGUAAACAAAAAGAAAAAGAAGAAAAAGAAAAAGAAUCAAAAGCCAAAGCAGAACAGCACUAAUAUGACUAAUAACGUUAAUG